GGAACCAAGAUAGAUAAUAGAGCGGACAUUGAGUUCCGAACUCGCGCCCCUUUUCCGAGUUGUCCGAGUCGGCAUGCUCCUGCUAUCUCCACCACCACAGCAUCGUGGCUAGGGUCGGCAGGCUUUUGAGGGGUCUUACGGCCUCUCGGCCCAGGUGUCGGCGCAGGAUCCCGCUCGUGAUCGUCGAGGAUUGACCCCACCGUGUUGUUGAUCCGAGGAUAAGGGCAAGAUAAUGAGGGGAUAGCCGUGGCAGGGCAAUCUCUUGCUUGUUCGGGUCUUACGGGGGUAGCUAGGGUGGAGGGUCCGAGCUUCAUAUAAGUUGACUCGAUAAUAUUCCAGCAAACAACUGCAACCUGACAUUGCAUUGAUAUUCAAGUGCAGGACUCUCCUUUCUCCUUUGUGGGAGAAUCAGCUGCUGCCUUAUUCUUCUGGUCAUGGCUUCCAAGUUCCUUCAAUACCUCCGAGGGGACCAGAGCCUCCCCGGAGAGAGGAAACUGGUGCAAAAGCUGGAUUUCUUCAUCUUGACGUUCUGCUGUCUGAUGUAUUUCCUGAAUUAUCUGGACAGGACGAAUCUAAAUAAUGCUUAUGUCUCUGGGAUGAAAGAAGAGCUGAAUUUCAAGGGCAAUCAACUCAACCAAAUCAACACUGUGUUUACAGUGGGGUAUACAAUCGGACAAGUUCCUUGUAACAUCGCUCUGUACUACAUCAAACCGCGGUACUUCUUUCCCGCAUGCAUGGUAGCAUGGGCAGGCUUGACGAUGGCUACAGCCGGAACCCAUAGUCCAGGAGGUAUCAUGGCAAUUCGUUUCUUCCAAGCCAUCUUCGAAGCCUCCACCUUCGUAGGAACCCACUACAUCCUCGGAAGCUGGUACACGGAGAAAGAACUCGGCAAGCGAAGCGGCAUCUUCACGGCCUCCGGCCUCGCCGGCACCAUGAUCGGCGGCUUCAUCCAAACCGGCAUUCACAAGAGCAUGCACGGCCGCCACGGCCUCUCCGGCUGGCGCUGGCUCUUCAUCAUCGACGGCAUCAUCACCCUCCCAGUCGCAAUCUAUGGCUUCCUGUUGUUCCCAGAUACACCGCGCCGUACACGCGCCCCCUACCUUACCGCAGAGGAAAAGUCACUCGCCAUGUCCCGCGUACCCGAGGUUUCGGAGCGCACCCCGAUUUCCUGGACCUUCCUCAAACACUGCCUCAGCACUUGGUACUGGUACUUCUUCGUCGUACUCUGGAUUAUUGCCGGAGAGACCGAAUCUUUUUCCACCAACGCGCUUCUGGCACUGUACAUGAAAUCGCAUCCCAAGAACAAGUACACCGUCGCGCAGCUGAACAACUAUCCCACCGGUAUUCCCGCCGUCGGUAUCGUUUCCACGCUCUUCUGGGCAACGCUCACGGACUUCAUGGGCGGGAAGCGGUAUCUCGUUGGCUACUGGAUCGGUAUCACGGGCGUCAUAACUAGUGCUGUCAUUCUUGCGUAUAGGGAUACCACGCCCGUGGUAUUUGCCAUGUACUACUGGGCCGGUAGCGUGUAUGCUUGUCAAGCUACCUUUUUCGCAUGGGCGAACGAUGUCUUGAGGUACGAGGAAGACAGUCUGCGCGCGGUCGUUAUCGCGAGUAUGAAUAUGGGGAGUAAUGCUAUCAAUGCUUGGUGGUCCAUAGUCUUCUAUGGCGCCAAGAACGCUCCCUAUUUCACCCGCGGUAUGUGGGCCAUGAUUGCCGUCAGUAUUGCCAUGGCUAUAUGGACCGCGCUGCUCGUCUGGAUGCAUGUGAGGACGGAGAAGAGGAGGGAGAUUGAGAGUGCGGGCAUAGCGUUGGACAGGAAGGAGGGAGGUAUCCUUGUCGAGGGAGAAGGUGAGAAAGGCACGGCGAAGGCUGAGGUUAAAGGGGCGGAGGUUUAGUAGUUAUGCCCAUGAUCAGUCCGUAGUAAUCUGACAUCGAUGCGG